UGUAACCUCAUGAUAUCGAUAGUUCGCCAUCUUGUUUUUAAAAUACUUUAGUAGGAUAAACCUUUUCGCGCGAAACUGUAGUUAUUUGCUAAAUUUUAACUUGAAUUAAAUUAAGGUCUGUGCAAUUUAUAUAUUCGUUAUAAGAUUAUGGACAGCCAAAGAGAGAAGGAGAGGGACCGGUCAAGACGAGGGGACAGACCCUCAAGGUUCUCAGAUGCACCGAGAGAUCGUUCCAACGACCGUGAUAGAUCGGAGGGGAAACGAUUAUUUGUCUCAAACAUACCUUAUGAAUUUCGCUGGACAGAACUAAAAGACUUAUUCAAAGAGAAGGUUGGUGAUGUAGCCUAUGUUGAACUUUUUAAUGAUGAAAAUGGAAAACCAAGAGGAUGUGGUGUUGUGGAAUUCUCAAAUUCUGAAGCUAUGAAGAAAGCCCUUUUUGUAAUGCAUAGAUAUGAAUUGAAUGGAAGGAAACUUGUUUUAAAAGAAGAAACAGAUUAUCUUUCAGGUAAUGAGAGAAACAGAUUAAACUCUGUCAGGUCUGGCGGUGGGGGUGGUGGGAGAAAUAUGAGAGAAGAUAAAGAUGGAUGGGGAGUUAACAAGCCAAGGGAACCAGAAAAUUUUAAUACUUAUGGUUUAAGUCUACAGUUCUUAGAAUCCAUAAAUGUGCAGCCGCCUUUAGUAAAAAAAGUUUUUGUUGCAAAUCUGGACUAUAAAGCAGAUAGAGCUAAAAUUAAGGAAGUAUUUAAAAUGGCUGGUAAAGUUAGAAACAUUGAUUUAGCUAUUGAUAAGGAUGGAAACAGUAGAGGCUUUGCUGUUAUUGAAUAUGAUCAUCCUGUAGAAGCUGUACAGGCAAUAUCAAUGUUUGACAAACAAAUGUUAUAUGAGCGUAGAAUGACAGUAAGAAUGGAUAGGGGAGUGACAGACAAAUCAGAGCUGAGAUUGCCAGAAGGUUUGAAAAGCAUUGGUAUAGGAUUGGGACCAAAUGGCGAACCCCUCAGAGAUGUAGCAAGAAACCUACCUCAGAAUACAUCCACAAAUAACUUGAGUCUUGGAAGUACAGGCUCUGCAAUAGGUGCUGGAGUUUUAGGUGCAGUUCCCACUGCUGGGGUGGGAUUGAAUGGUCUUGGAGCAAGCCUGUCAGCAAAUACUUUGGGAACCAAUGCUGCUCUUAGUAACAGUCUAGGCUUACAGGCCUUAGGACUGACUGGUCUUGGUGCCUUACAAAAUCAACUUCUUCAACAAGGUCUGACUGCAAAUGAUCUAGCCACAGUACUCACACAGGCCCAGGCUGCUAAUGUUAACUCCAACAACCUAUCUCUGGGUACCCCGGAUAUGGGUAGUGGUGUACUCGGAAAUUCAGGCUUGGGCAAUAACGUUCUGGGCGCAAAUUCCUCUUUAAGUAGUGGGUCACUUUCAGGGACUAAUCGUCAGAUGGGCAGUGUGACAGUCCCAGGACAAGGGUAUGGCCGUGAUGGACAACAGGGGAGAGAUAAACAAUCAGAUAUUGUCAUUAUUACUAAUCUUCCGCCAACAGUGACAUGGCAACUAAUAAGAGAGAAGUUCAGUGAGUGUGGUGAUGUAAAGUAUGCUGAGAUGACAGCACCCGAUACAGCUAUAGUAAGAUUCCAUAAAGAGUGGGACGCCGAGAGAGCUGUCAAAAUGUUUGACAGGACCCGUAUUGAUGGCAGGACCAUAGACGUUAGAUUUUUCUGAAAGAAAAAAAUAAAGGAAUGUGGUAUUGAAGUUGGUCUCUUGGUCGAAAACAGCUUGUCAUCAUCGUCUUACAUCUGCUGCGUAAAAUGUUCCAUUUUUUUCCCUAGUAAUUCUCUCUUCAUAGGCGUUUAACUUGACAAAUGUAUUUAGGUUAGUUUAGUUUAAGUCUCAUGAUUUCUGUGUACGCCAGCUGGUCUAAUAAAUGAGUCAUUUUUUAUAAUAGCCACGAUAACUCAAUUUUAUUCCAUUAACAAUAUUGUCUAGGCAUUUUAUGGUGUAACAGAUAUUAGGUUUAAUGCUUUUAAUUUAAUUAGUGAUUGUCCUGAUGAUGAGCAAUCAAGGUCGCUAAAUGUUUUUAUGUCGUGUAUUCUACGAGCUGGAUAUGGCUUUCGAAAAUGGGGUCGUUUAAUACAUUAAUAAAGUUGGACUAAUAAAAUACAUUGAGAUUUUUAAUAUUUUUGUUCUAAUUUUAAUUGACCAUCAAGUUUUUGGAAUUUUGUUACGAUAUGCUAUUUAUAUCAACAAAUUUCCUUGAAAAAAAGUGCUACAAAGCUAUGGUUAUGACUAUAUUAUGGUUGAUUGAAGUUGCCGAAUCAUAACAUUUUUUUUUAGCUUUUAUAUAUGUUCACUUUAAUAGGUUUACAUCCGAAUAUAUUAUGAUUAAGGAUGGGACUGCACAGAACACUUGGUAUUCUGAUUCAAAAUACAAUUUAGUGUCUAGUUAGUCGAAAAGCAUAGUUUGUUUUUCGUCACCUUUCACAUUUGCCAUUAUUGCAUGUGGGAAUUGCAUUUCUAAAUCAGAAUGAUGACUGUCUCGGGAUGAGAAGUGAGAAAUAUCAUUUUUGGGGCGAUUGAACUACAUUGAAUUUUCUGAGUUGACUAAAAUUGAUUUGGCUUAGGUGGCAAAAUAUUGAAUUACUGUUCCAAACUGCGUAAACUUAUUCUCGAAUGUGAAAAAUAUCGCUCACAUCUCGUAUUUCAUAUUUUAUUGCAUUUCUAACAUCCUACGGACACAUGUUGUCACCUACAAAUGACAGGGGAAAUAGGAAGAAUUGAACAAAUGCUCAUCAAGUUGCAUAUUGUAGGCAUUAUUUGCGUAACAUAUAAAUUCCGUUUGAAUAAAUCUAGAACUAAUAAAAAUCAUUGCAAGUUGAAAUUUUGGUAAAGUAUAAGUGUUGGUGCAUCGUCAUUCGUCGUCCAACUUUGAACUUUGAAGAAGGGAUAUCUUAAGGCCAAUGUUCUUCGCCCGCAUUGAACGCGUUUUGUUUUAAUGAAUAGAAAUGGUUUUACGAAAAUCAUGGGCACAAAAAUGAUUUGACAAUGUUAUUUUGGACAAUAUGGAAGAAGCGUUGCUUUGUAGAAAUUUGGAUUGACAAACGGUUAAACAAGCAAACCUUUCCAAAAAUUCAUUGCACCAAACAGAGGUCAAAGGAUAUGAGGGUAUGAUGAGAUUUACAUAAAAAUAAAUGAUAUUGAACAUGCGAUUCACAUUCACAUUGAUAGUAAGUAAAAGUUUAUUUAAAUCUUAAAUGAUAGGCAAAAACGGACAAUUAAUGAGAUUUUGUCACAAAAAUGUAAGUUGGUUUUUACAAACCACUAAAAAAACCAUCGUAAAAUAUUUGGAAUCUUUAAUUUAGUGCAUAUACAGUUAGUUGUAGGAUGUGCUAAAAAAUGUUUAUUUUUUCGCAGGAGGAGACCAGAAUAUUCAUUUCAAUAUAUUUAAUAGCAUUUGUCUAAUACAUGUAUGUAUACGAAAUAAAUAUUGAUUUAUUA